CGCUUAGUCAAUUCAUCUCUCUCCUGCUCGGGCUCCUUGCCAUCUGCUUUUCUUGGGUUCAGUGGUUUCUCAAUUGCCUGUAGCCAGCAUGUGUGGAAUCUUCGCCUGCCAUCAUCACCCUGAUGUGCAAAAGUUCAAGCCUACCGCUUUGCGCAUGGCCAAGGCUUUGCGCCACCGCGGACCCGAUUGGAGUGGAAGCUUCAUCUCUGAGAAGACCAUCCUCGCGCACGAGCGUCUGAGUAUCGUCGGUGUCGACACCGGUGCCCAGCCCCUCGUCAACCAUGAUGGCUCCCUCGCCCUCGCCGUCAACGGCGAGAUCUAUAACCACCGCAUCUUGAGAAAGGGACUGAAGGCCGACUAUAAGUUCAAGACGCAUUCGGACUGUGAAGUUGUCAUUCCGUUGUACAUGGAGCACGGUCUCGAUGCCCCGAAGUACCUGGACGGCAUGUUCUCCUGGGUCCUCUUCGACAAGAACCAGGACAGAGUUGUCGCUGCCCGUGACCCCAUCGGUGUCACCAGCUUCUACAUUGGCUGGUCCUCCGAGACUCCUGGUGCUGUUUACUUCGCCUCUGAGCUGAAGUCUCUGCACCCCGUUUGCGACAAGAUCCAGGCCUUCCCUCCUGGCCACGUCUUCGACUCCAAGACUGGCAACUUCACUCGCUACUUCCAGCCCAAGUGGUGGGACGCUGCCCAGAUCCCCUCCACCCCUGUCGACUACAAGGUCAUCCGCACUUCUCUGGAGAAGGCUGUCCGCAAGCGUCUGAUGGCCGAGGUCCCCUACGGUGUCCUGCUGUCGGGUGGUCUUGAUUCCAGUUUGGUCGCCGCCAUCGCCCAGCGGGAGACUCUGCGUAUGCAGCAGGCUGCCCUGACUGCCAAGUCGCAGGGUGUUGAUGUGUCUGAGUUGGUCGGUAUCGAUGAUUCCAACGAUCUCUCCACCGUCACGACAUUCCAGCAGCUGCACUCUUUCUCCAUUGGUCUGCCCGGUGCUCCCGACACGGCGGCUGCCCUUGAUGUCGCCAAGUUCCUUGGAACCAAGCACCAUGCCUUCACCUUCACCGUCGAGGACGGUCUCAAUGCUCUCUCCGAUGUCAUCUACCACCUCGAGACCUAUGAUGUCACCACCAUCCGUGCCUCUACGCCCAUGUACCUGCUCAGCCGCAAGAUCAAGGCUAUGGGUGUCAAGAUGGUCCUUAGUGGAGAGGGAAGUGACGAGAUCUUCGGUGGAUAUCUGUACUUCCACGCUGCUCCUAACAGGGAGGAGUUCCACAAGGAGACCGUUCGCCGUGUCAAGAACCUGCACUUGGCGGAUUGCCUGAGAGCGAACAAGUCUACUUCCGCCUGGGGUCUGGAAGCCCGUGUGCCCUUCCUGGACAAGGAGUUCCUUGAGACCUGCAUGGGCGUUGACCCCGUCGACAAGAUGAUCAACAAGGAGCGCAUUGAGAAGCACAUGCUCCGUAAGGCGUUUGACACUAGCGACGAGCCGGAUGCCAAGCCGUACCUGCCCGACAACAUCCUCUGGCGCCAGAAGGAGCAGUUCAGCGAUGGUGUGGGCUACAGCUGGAUUGAUGGCCUCAAGGACCAGGCCGAGCUGGAGGUUACCGACGAGAUGAUGAAGAACCCCAAGCCCGAGUGGGGUAGCGACAUUCCCGACACGAAGGAAGCGUACUGGUACCGCACGAUGUUCGACGAGCACUUCCCGGUCACCUGCGCCGGCACCGUCGAGCGCUGGGUGCCGACGUGGUCGAAGCAGAGCGACCCGAGUGGAAGAGCUAUUUCGACUCACAACGCCAAGUACGACGAGGCUGUUUAAAUGUCUGGGGUUUGGGUAUAGAAGCAUGUAUAGAUGAUUUAACAGGGAUACUCAUUGGGACGCAAAAAGCGAAUUUCAGCCAGAUGCGCCGGGACGACCGCGUAUUUGCUUUACCUUCUUCAUGUCGUACUCUCUUGUUUGUUUUCUUCCCUUCGAGGGACAAGAACUGUAGGAACGCGAUUGGCUUUCGGCGUCUGAGGUUACACCGGAAGUGCAAUGAUAAUAAUAUGUUGGACUCCCCAGUGUGAGCGAGCCGGAUGACGGAAGAAAACCUGGAUGUGUUGUCAUAGUAAUGUGAGCCCGUAUGGUUGGUCGGGAACCAUGGGAAGACCAUGCAUGUUCUCCCAAUGGGGGUGUGGGACAUGUCAUUCAUGUUCGCUUGUGGAGCGGUGAAGUAGGA